AUGGCGACUCUACCUCCGCUCCCUGAAGGGUGGGAGGAGAGGAGAGACGAGCAGGGACACACCUACUACGUGGACCACAACACGAGGCGCUCGUCAUGGCGCGACCCCCGCCUGGUUCAAACCGGAGGUCCACCACCUCCAGCUGCUACUGCUGCUGCUGGCGUACCGGCACCGCCAACCGUGGCACCGACAAACAACGGCGGCGGCGGCAGCAAGAGUUUCUUCAACCGCUCCAGUGCCAACCGCAAGCAGCCUACGGUGGGAAUGUCGGAGUCGACGUCUAGUCUGGAGCCUCGGAAGCAGAACGGUGCCGCCGCUGGACCGGACUCCCCACGUCGCCGACGUAGCAUGCCGGUGCCGAGGUCGGGCGGCGGCGGCGGCGGCGGGGGCGGCGGCGGCAAGGGCGGUGCGGGACCGGUGGACAAGUCGAGGGAGGAUAUUGCAUUUUCUCCACACUUGAUCCCGGACGAUGAUCGCUCCCAGUGUUCUGUUUGCGGGGAGCGUUUCGCGGCAUUGCGGAGGCGUCACCACUGCCGCUGCUGCGGCGAGCUUGUGUGCGCUACCUGUUCUCCGACCAAGCUCCUCAUGCACGUUUCCGAGCCGGGCUACGAGCGGCCCCGCCGCGCCUGCCAGACCUGCGCGGCACACAUCGCCGCCGGCGAAUACUCCUGCAACUCGCGCUACGCCCUGGCAAUCGCCACUCCGGGCGCCGACAUGUACCACAAGCAGGCCGCCGUGCGGCACCUCUCUGCCGCGAUGGAGGACGCGGCGAAAAACGCGGUGAAGUCUGGAGGAGGUGGGGGUGGGGGCGACGGCGGCGGGGGGGGGGUCCUCGGCCCCCUGUCGGCCAUCCAAAGGGUGCACGGCGGAACCCCCGCGGUGUUCCAGGCGCUCGUUCCGAUGAUGUCCACGGAGGUCCCCUUGGACGUAUGCACGCACGCCUGCCAGCUGCUGGGGGCCUCUCUUUUCGUGGCGUCCAGGCAAUCGUCGCCGGAAACCUGGGUAGGCCUGGUGAAGGUCAUCCCCGAGGGGUGUGUGGACGGCCUCCUGGAGUGCCUGCGCGUGGCUCCGGCGAGGGCGAAGGCGGCGCGAGCCCUGUUCUACGCCGCAAAGGUCCCGCUGGCCGGCGGGACCGGGGGAGAGCUCAUCGAGUCUAGGGGCGGAGUUUCGAUCAUGCUCGAGGUGUUGGAGUCCUUGCCGCUGGCGCCGCCGCCGACCGCCGCAGUCGAGACCAAGGGCCUCCGCGUGUGGCUCUGCGCCACCCUCCAGCCGGUCAUGGCCGACCGGCCUCGCGCCGUCCAGGCGUUCCUGGCCUGCCGGGGGAUCCCCCUUCUCUGCCGCCAGCUCGCGGCGGGCCCCGCCGACAUCGCCGUGCACGUGUGCGGUGUCCUGGCCUCCGCCCUGCGGAGCGGUGGCGCCGGCGCCGGCGCCGGUUCGAGUGCCGCCGUCCCGCGCUCAGCCAUCGAGACUGUCGAUGCGAGCAUCAUCGACCCCCUGCUUGGAAUGCUUGCCGGCGGCACCAACAAAGACGCCCACGCCUCCGCCCUGGCCAUGGAACUCCUGGUCGUCCUGGCCUCUCACCCCCCCUUCUCCGGCCGGCUCCGCGCGGCCGGCACCAUCCCCGCCGUGGCGGCUUGCCUGGAGGACCACCCCGCGAGGGGCGCGGCGGCGGCGGCGGCGGAGCCCGUAGCCAGGGCCUCGUUGAUGCAGCUCGCGCUCAUCGUCCUUACCGGCUUCCUGCGUGGCGACGGGGAUCAACCGGCGGCGGUGGCGGCGACGGGGGAGGUUGACGAGGUAGCGGCCGAGAUCGCCGCCACUCGCGCACAUGUCCGCGUGGUGGCUCUCCUCUCUGCGCCGGACCCCAAGCUGCGCUUCACCGCCGCCGAGCUCGCGCUCCAGCUGUCCCGCCGGUGUCGCCCGGGCCCGGCGCCCAACUCCAACCGCGGCGGCGGCGGCGGCGGCAUCGCAAAGGAUAUGAUCGAGGCCGGGGGGCUGGGGGCGCUCUGGAGCGCCUGCUCCGACCCGUCCCCGAUGGCCAGGCCGGUCGCUCUCGAGGCCCUGGCGGCCAUGCUCGGGACGGCGGCGGCGAUGAGCCGGUCCAGCGCGUCCUCGGAGGCCGUCCUCGCGCUGGUGUCUGAGGGCGCGGUCGGGGGCCUCGUGCGGCAGCACGUCGACCCGGCUCUUUCCGUGCUCGGCAGGAGGGGCCGUGGCGUUACAGUGGCGCUGCUGGAUGCCGGGGGGUCGAGCGGCCGCGGCGGUUUUCUCUCGACCGACAGCGAGGCGCUGUCUUCGGCAAAGCUGACCCGGGCCGCGAUCCGGGUGGUCUGGUCGUUGUCCCGGGGGCCCUCCUCGGCGACGCUGGCGGCCCACGGCACGCUCCCCCGGCUCAUGGGCCACAUGUCUUGCUUGCGCCGCAAGGGCAGCGGCGGCGGCGGCGCGGACGGGGCAAGAGGCGACACGGCGGCCGGAGUGCUCGUGCUCGAUACCAUCGCGGCGUUUCUGAGUCUGGAGGACAGCAGUAGUGGGCACCGGCGUGGUGGUAGCAAAGACUCGGUGGCACCCGUGCCUCCCUCGACGGCCACGACCAUCGGCCGGACGGUGGACGAGCUCUGCGAGCUCGUUCUCCACGGCACCACCACCAAGAGGGCGACGGCAGAUGAUGCCGGGGAUGAUGGCUCCUCGGGGGCAGCGGCUGGAUCUCUGGGCCCGAGGUCGUUGGCUCUCCUCGCGAAGGCGGCGGCCAACCCUCGACUCCGACCGAUGCUCGUGGACAGCCCCAAGUUCCCUGCCGUGCUGGACCUGCUGAUGGUUGAGAGGCAUCUGGAUGGCGCUUCCUCGGUUGAAGCUCCGCGGCGGGAGGAGGUCUGCGCCGGCCUGCGGGUGCUCGCCGGGCUCGCCGCGCACGAGGCGUGCGUGCCGCUGGUCCUGGAGAGCGAAGACCUCGGGUGCCUGCUGCAGGGAAUUCCUGAGGGGAUGACCCCCACCCCCGCGGUCGGACGGGAAACCCCCGGAGGCCACGGGCCCCCGGUCAGGGCCCAAAUGAGGGAGGAAAUGGAGGACGCCCUGCGCUGUCUGCUGCCGCUGAAGGGGCGCCCGCAGCAGCGGUCGUCGCUGAACCGUGCGCUAGGGCUCGUCGCUACCUCUCCCGCCCAUCCGGGGCUGGACGCCCUGCUUCACCUCGCCUCGGCUGAGGGGGGUCCCGCACUACAGGUUGUGUUCCAACUGGUGGCUGCAGACGCGGCCAAGUCUGUGCCCUCCUCCCCUGUCCUGAGACCCCUGGGCGAUGGCCGCCACCCCGCCGUCCUCAAGGGAUUGCUGGGUCCUGCCGACUUCCCGUGGCAGGGCGGCAUCGGCCCGUCCGCGCGCGACUCCGCGGUGAAGGCCGCGCGCGCUCGCGCGUGCGACGCCCUGCGCCACGCGUGCAGCGAGCUAUCGCCUUCUUCUUCCUCCGCCCCGGCGGCAGCACGAGACACAGGAAAUCCAACCGGCGACGGCGGCGACUCUGCGGAGGCGGGCCCCGGAGGCAAUGUCACCGCUGGCAGCGGUAAGCUCGACGUCGAAGCCGUUGCGGAGGUGUUCCCGCUGGUGCUACCCUUGGCCGGGACUACUCUCGAGGGCGCGAGGUGUCUCCGCGCGAUGUUCGCCGCCAGGGGAGGCGUCGGAGAGGCGGCGCAGGCCGCGGUCCUACGACGAGGCGUUGUCGGCGACGCAGCGGGCGCUGGGGCGGGCGGAAUCGGGGCGAUCGUUGCGAUGCUGCACUCGACAUACGUCGAAAUUCGCGCGGCGGGCGCAUCGAUCCUCCGAAAGCUCGUCUUCCCCACCGCCGCCCCCACCCACCGCCCGGAAGGCGGCGGCCAGGCGGCGGCGGCGAGUAUCCGACCCUGCCGGGCUCUCCUGGAGAGCCUCCACGCCUGCGGCGGUCGUUCUGAGGCCUUACGGUCGCUGUCCUCCUUCGGGCUCUUCGGGGAACAAGACCAAGCGGCCGUUCCCGGUGGCACGUUGUCCGUCAUUGACAACGGCGGCGGCGGCGGCGGCGGCGGCGAGAGAGCCGGGUCGCGAAAGGGGAGUGCCGGCGGCGGGAGGAGGAAGGGGGCCGCUCAGGAGGUCCGGUGGAGGAGACAGCUGCGGGACGACGCCGCCGCCGUGCUCGUGGCCGUGGUCGGAGCGGUAACUGGCGGGGCGGGGAACGGGAGCGGCGGCGGCGGCGCCUCGUGGCGGCAGCGUCGUCGCCGUAGGAGCAGCGGCGAGGAAGCUGCCGAGGGCUUGGUCGGGUGGAACGGCGGCGGCGAGGAAGGGUUUGAUGCCCAGGAGAGCGAGGCGCUGUCAGGCGUUUGCGUUGAGGCGCUUCAGGCACUGGCCACCGACAAUUUCACGGGUCCCCUGGAGAAGGCGCGUUGCCUGUCCCUCCUGGCGGACCUGGCCCUCGACCCGAGGUGCGCGCGCACGCUCUUUCAAGGUGGGGCGAUCCCGCAGAUGCUGCUCAACGCGCAGGGUUGCACGCACGUGGACUUGAUCGACGUACACGGCGACCGCGGCGGCGGCGGCGGCGGCGGCUUCGUGGGAGGUUCCGACGGUCGGGCAUCUCCGGCGCCCAGCGCUACCAGCUGCGACAGCGAGGAGGAGGGGGAGGAGGAGGAGGAGGUGGUGGUGGUGGUGGAGGAGGAGGAGGAGGAGAGACAGCGCGUGGCCGUUGGUGUCAGCGGGAGCGUGACGACGGCUGGUGCUGUCUGUUGUCGGUGCCGCCAGGCGACGCGGCUGCUGGCGAGACUUGUGCGAGGCCUCCCCGGGGAGACGCCGGCGGUCGUGGUGCGGCACAGCGGGCUGCGGAGCGUGGUCCAGAUCCUCGAGGACGGCGCGGCGGAAGCAAAAGCGGCGACGGAGGGCACCGGCGGAAGGAUUCCGACGGCGACGGAGGCGGCCGUUCGCGAGGCGCUGGAGCUCUUCGUCGCGCUAUCGGAGCAAAAGCCGCACCGAGGGGCGCUGGCGGACCUCCCCGGGCUAGCGCGCUCCGCGAGCUCCUACAUCGUGUCCGCCACCACCGCGAGCACGUCCUCGUCGUCUCCGCAGGCCGGUGAGGACUCCUCGGCGGAGGAGUCGGCCUUCCGGCUGCUAGCGAACCUUGCCUUCGCCGACGCCCCGCGCCGCCGCGUCUUGGAGCUCGACGGCCUCGUGCUCGCGUCGGCGCGCGCGUUGUCCGCCUCCGCUCUGGCGCUGGCACCACCUACACAGAAGGAAGCACCUGCUGCUGCUGCUGCUGCGUUGGCGGUGGCCGUGGGUGCCGGCGAAGCGGCGGCGGCGCUCUUGUGCCGGCUGUCCCCCGUCCUCGGGGCGGAUGGGGGCGAGGAGGAGCUGGUUGCCGCCGGGGAGGCUCUUUCGGCCGCGGUCGCGGCCGUUUCCAUGGCGGCAGCUGGGCGUGACUUCACCGCCGCUACCGCCGGCGGUCUGGCGAGCGAAGCGCUCUACGCGCUGCUGGUCCUAUCGUGGGCGGACUCGAGCUCACUCGACGCCGCCGCCGCCGUCGACGGCUUCGUCACCGACUCCCGCUUCGCGGACAGCGUCGUCUCCCUCUGGCGGCGAGGAAUGGCACCGUCCGCCUCCUCGGGCUUCGGGGCGCUGUCCGAGACCGCGCUGGCGACGAUGUCCAGCAUCGCCGCUCGCCCGACCGGGAGGAAGUCGCUGGUCGCGGCGGGGGCGGCGUCCGCCGUUGUCGACGUCGCCCUCGGGCGACAAGGCGGCGGCGGAGACGUGGCCGGAGACAGCGAGGGAGGUUGUUCGCAGACGAUGAUGAUGGCGCCACAGCUAAGCGUCUCUGAACGCGGGGAGAUCAUCCGGCUGCUGUGCGUCCUGUGCGCCUCGCCGGCGCACCGUGGCGCCGUCAGGUCGUCCUUGAUGGCGAAGCGGGGGGUCGAGUCGGGGGGAGACGACACAGAAGAGGCGGCCGUCGAGGCGGCGAUCGUGCGUAUCCAGGGCGGCAGGGGCGGCGGCGGCGGCGGCGAGGAGUGUCGCGCCGGUGCUCGCCGUCUCGCACUCCUGCUGGGCGUGUCCCCGCCGUCCCGCCGAUCAUCGCAGCACCGGGGUGGGACAACCGCCGGCGCCGGCGCCUUCGCCGCCGAGUAUCUUUCCUCGGGGGACCACCGAAGAACCCCGUUCCGGUCUCCCCCGACCGGGGACGCAGUAAUAAAGCGGAGGUCGACUUCUACAACGACUCGCUCGCCUUCCCCUCCUCCCCCGCCGGCUUACGCUGGCGAUAGCAGAGCCGCAGCGGCAGGGCUCGAGGACGAUAUUGCAUCGUCCGUGGACCUGGAGGAGGCGCUGUUCCCGACGGCAACGGCAACGGCAGUGGCGCACUUGGGGUCGCCCGGGGCGCGGGAUACCUUGUCCAGAGCAGCCGUCGCCGUUGCCCCCGUCGCCUCGGCUCGGGCUCCCGCGGCGGGGCGGAGAGAUCACGCGCUGUUGACGUUCCCGGCGCCGAAGAAUGGGCGGUCCGACUCGGAGGAGAGCUUGCAUCGGCUGCUGUCGAUGAUCGCAAACGAAGAUAAUAGCAGUGCCGCCGCGGCUUCGGCAACGGCGAAUGGUAGCUUGAGCGGUGCCGUGGUGGGGGCCGAAGAGAGGGACGAUAAGAUCGCGUGCGAGUCCUGCGGGAAGCUCGUGUUUGCGCCGACGGGCUUCGAUCUCGCCCUCAUCGAGUGCCCGCACUGCCAGAAGCCGAUGGGGUGAUGAAGACGAAUGGUAGCAAACAAACCCACACCUUUUUCUUGUUUCUCUUUGUCGUCUAUGUGCGUGGUGUUUGACUUGUUCGGAGUGUUGUUGAUUGUAAAUCGUUUCCCCCGGUGUGUAAGGUUGGCCCUAUGGACUGCUAACGUUAUGUUGGUUGUCGGGAACGCAGGGGCGCAACGGGUCAAUCUCGAUCUGUUGUUUUUGGGAUGUUGUUGUUGGCCGCCACGCGGUUGGUGUCCUCGUGUGAGAUGUCCCCCCUCCUACCCUAGCGUGCAGUUUUGUCCCUGGCGUUGGUUCCCUGGGCUGUCCAGCGGCCUUGUAUGCCGUAACGCUGUAGAUCUUUGUUCAGCACUUCACGCCACCAAAUGGAGGGGGCUGGUCGGGAAGCUCGACCACACGGGUUUCAUGCAUCCGGCGGCUGGUGCGUGUUCGUAUUUUGUACCGCUGCAUACAUACCUGUACCGUAGGCAGCACGCCUGUUUCCGACUUGCCGAUCGGGCGCACGGCAGAUGGGUUCGAGGGUCAUCGAACUUCGAGCGACGUUCUUGGCUGGCCGCAAUGGUGCUUGUUGCUAUGCGUAGGGCGAGAGUUUUAUGGGGGGCUUCCUUCCUCGGAACAAUGCUCGGAACAAUGCGGCCUCGAGGUAAAGUGUUCCGAAACAAGAACCCCAAGACUGAAAGCGUUAGUCUACUUGUUUUGGGUUUUUGUCUCGUGUGUGUGUGUAUGUUUUCGUGCCAUAAUCUCUUUCCGUGCGCCAGUGGCUUCACCUUCGGCAUGUAUUUGAUGUAUCGGCCGGGGUCAUCCAGGAGGAAGUCAGCACAGGGAGGGUGACGUAUUGUUGUUUCUGUCCAGCUUGUUUUGGGUGCGGUAGCUCAUCAGAGGCCGACAGAAAAAGAAGGUUGACUCAAGAACUUUGUUGCUU